CAGAAAACUUCCCUUUUUCUACUUGGCCCUAGCCCAUGUCAACCGUUUGGUUUCAUCCCUGUAUGGCCUAAUGGGUCUUCUCAUACUUUUUACUACAUUACUUGGUGCCUCACGACCGCUUGUCUCAAGCCAUCUCAUAAGUUGAUCCAAACUGCACUACCGUAGAGGUUUUCCUGUUGACCACGUAGCAUUGGGUGGUCUACCACGUAAGAGGCAAACGGAAAUGGUGUACACUGCACAGAGACGAGGAGACGGGGGACCCUUGCGUCCUGCAGGAGCAGAAAACAGCAAGCGCCACACGGGGAACGGGCCGGAGGGAAGUGUCCAGCCCAAGGGAAGGGGAUGGGAGGUAAGAUGGCAGCUGAGGAGAAAAUGAAGAAAUUGAACGAGAUAGAGUGCUGUUUUCGUGGGGAUUCUACUUUCAAUCACGGCGUUAGGCGCAGGGAUUUUUGUUGAUGACAAGAUUGGAGCCAUUGGAAUCAUCGGACUGCACCGCACUACGUCCAUUGCCUUGCAGUUCGGCAACCACUGCCGGAUGAUUGGCUUGCAGGGAACGAGUCGAGAGAGAGAUGCUUACUCAUCUGAGCUCGCUACUGGCAAUUGCUGUGAAAUUCGGAUUUGGGGCAGGUGCGGACUCACUGUACAUACGCUCUUUGGCUCGUUGCCGGCUUAUUGCGCAGAGAAGGGGUGUGGGCAGAUUACGAGCGAGGACUAGAGAGAGGGAGAGGGAGAGUUCUUGUAUGUCUUGUACAGAUCGAUGUAUUCGAGAAGUUGAGAGGAGUUAGAACGAAAGAGAGAUAGGAAGGGCAACCACUCCUGUGCAUGUUUGCGAGAUGCUCAAGUCAUAGAAAUUGAAAAGGAACGCACUCUAGAGUCGGUUUGACGAGGGCCGCAAUUCUCAGUGGAAGGACGAGAUUUACGGUAGGGUUCGCGAAGGCUGGGGCCGCGACUUGGAGCUUGAGCGUGACAUGGUAAAGGAAGAUGCGAACCCGCGAGAAUUCGACCAAGGACAUACUGGGUGGUGGUGUUGGCAGUGGUGGGAAAUGAUUCGGUGACGCAGGCGCUUCAAUUGCCCAAGAUUUUACAUGAGAAUUGAGAACUACGAGUGAUACAAGCAAAUGGCAAGGCGAAGUAGCGUGUGUGGAAUUUGCGAGGGAGUGAACCUACCCGCUGUCUGUGCAGCCUGCUGCAAUGCCGGAUUGAACGAUAAGUAUAAAAUCUUGAAACGUGUCACCCAACACCGCGAUGAUGUAAAACGCCGCUUGGAGGCUCAAUUGGCUGACAAGCGGGAAGCGGAAUCGCAGCGGAAAUGGAGAAUCGAACACGGAGAGCGCAACGCUAAACUUCGUGAGCAGCUGCGAACAUCUAGCAACGACUUGAUCAAAGCAAAAGCUCGAGGGGAAGAACAGAAAAAGCGGCUGGACGCCCGAACCAACGCUUUGGAGCGUGCUUCCAACGAGCUUACAAGAAAGCACAGGGAUUUGCUUGGAAAGUAUUACCCUGAUCUGAUCUGCACGAAAAACUUGAGCUAUGAUACCCUAAACGCAGAAUUGAUACAGAAGCGGAGGUUGCAAGUACGUCAGCUCUGCAAAAUUUUACCUACACGUCGCUGCACGGGAGACGAGCGAGAAGUUCGCAUUUGCAAUGUCUCCUUACCACUGGAUGAUGAUCCUACUUCAGUUUCACAUAAUGAUCUGAGCGCAUCCUUGGGAUAUUUGGUGCAAUUGUUGAAUCUUACGGCACGCUAUCUAUCUGCUCCCAUUCUUCACAGCGCCGGUUUCGCGGCGUCAUCAUCAAGAGUAUGGCAGCGGGCGUCGUACUGGGACACCCGACCAAUACAUCGUGGUGAAGAGUACCCUCUGUUUCUGCCGAGGGAGAACGGGGCCGCGGAAGAGCUUGGUCACAGUAGCAGCAGCAGUCACAGUCUUGGUUUGUCCCUGACUGAGGGCUCAAGGAGUGCCAACCGAGACAUGGACGUCGACGCUAGUCUUGUACGGUGUAGUACCUCCAGCAGUAGCAGCUCUAAAGAAACUCACAAAGAUGUUCAGAAGGGAAUCAAAAUGCUGAAACGCAGUGUUGCCUCUGUAAAUGUAUACGGGUACAACUUAUUGUCUAUGCAGGUUCCUUCGGACUUGUCCACGUUCGAGUCAUUUGCCGAGCUUCUGUCGAUUCUUAUAUCUAAAGAGCCUCGAGCGAGGUCUAGCAGAGGUAGCCAACAGCCUAACGGGCGAUUUGGUCUUUCAGAAGGUCACACGUCUCGUCUGGCAAGCUGCCCAUCAAGCAUGCUGGAAGAAGUCAAACCAGUCAGUGACAUACUGGACCCGGCGCCAUCUUCGAAGGGAAAAGUGAACAAUUGGAACAUUGGCGAUUUUUUGGACGUAGGCGACUCAGAGCACACAGAGGAGGGAGGAAGAGUCUCCGAGAGCGUUUUUGAUGGAUGGGAUUUAGUGGAGCACCCGACAUUGCCGCCCCCUCCUGACUCUGAGGAUAUUGAGCAUUGGACUCGGGCCAUGUUCUAUGAUGCUACCAAGGCAUGUCUAUCCACCUUUUGAUGCUGUUGAUCCUGUUGGGAGUUCCACCGGUGUCGAUGACUUUAUAGUAGCGAUGAAGUUUUCUGGGGCGAAGUUCUUUGGACACGUACUGCGAGAGCAAGAACGGAAGUUGGGCAUUUACUUUACAAUUGUAAAUAGAUCUAGGUGUUUCAGCAAGAAUAGCUGUUUACAGGCACGAACGAGUAUCAAUUUUAUCAGGUUUGAUGUCGUAUGUAGAUAGAGCAAUAUCAUUUCAGCGCUAUAUGGGAAGUGUUUGUGUAGCGUACGUCCGGAAACCUCACUAAUUGGAAGAGUAACUUUGAAAAUUUGACAAAGCAAGGGUUUUCGUCAUCUGGACAGGAUGAGCAAGGCGGUUUAGUGUAGUGCUAAAAUCGACAUGAGUAAAAAGAUAUAGCGGUGGAAAGCACCUAUUUGAAGGGCUGAUCGAGCAAGAGUGGACCCCUGACACUCGAGGAGUCGAUACCAAUGCAAGGAGAGCAAGACAUGAUGAAGUACAUGAUGAAAUCAAACGGGUAGAUGUGCACGCCCAAAAUAGAAUCACAUUGAGUUAAUGAUAAUGUGUUUCUAACAUACCAGAUUUACCUAAAGCGAAUGCAUUACA